GAGAGAUUGAGAGAGAGAGAGAGAUGAUGAAGCAAGAAGAGUUGGUGGAGGAGGAAGGAAAACUGCAAGGGCAAGCAGAGAUAUGGAAAAUAAUGUUUAGCUUCGCAGAAUCCAUGGUCCUAAAAUGUGCAGUUGAGCUUCGCAUAGCCGAUAUCAUAAACUCCCAUGGUCAUCCCAUUACUUUAUCAGAGAUCGCCACAAGCAUCGGCUCUCCUUCUCCAGACAUCAACUGCCUCGCACGAGUCAUGAGGCUAUUAGUUCGUAAACGCAUCUUCACCUCAUCAAAACCCAAUUCCGACGACAAAGAAGCUGUCUAUGGGCUAACCAACUCCUCCAAAUGGCUACUAAGAGACUCCACCGAACCAACCCUAGCAGCAAUGGUGUUAGCAGAAGACCAUCCAUGGCUUAUGGCGCCUUGGCAUUACUUUACUAAAUGUAUCCAAGAAGGCGGCACGGCUUUCGCCAAGGCUCAUGGUUGCCACAUCUGGGACUUCGCUGCGGCCAAUCCAGAGUUCAACUCUCUCUUCAACGAGGGCUUGGCUUGCACUUCCAUGGUUGUUGUUAAGGCUAUGUUGUCGGCGUACAGAGAAGGGUUUGCUGUUAUGGAAUCUGGGACGGUGGUGGUGGAUGUGGGAGGAGGGAUUGGGAUGGCGGUGGCGGAGAUCGUGAAGACUCAUCCGCAUAUACAAGGGAUUAACUUUGACCUACCACACGUCGUUGACACUGCACCUCAGUAUCCAGGUGUCUCUCACGUUGGAGGUGAUAUGUUUGCUUCCGUUCCAAAAGCUGAUGUUCUCUUCCUCAAGUGGGUACUGCAUGAUUGGAGUGAUGAAAACUGCAUAAUUAUUUUGAAGAAUUGCCGAAAAGCAAUGCCAGAAAAAGGUGGAAAGAUUAUCAUUGUUGAAGUGGUACUUGAGCCAGAAGGUGAAGGCUUAUUUGCUGAAACUGGACUGGUUUUUGAUUUACUUAUGGUUGCACAUGCCACUGGAGGGAAAGAGAGAACCAAGAUAGAAUGGAAGAAGUUGUUGGAGGAAGCAGGCUUUCCUCACCAUAAAAUCAUCCAGAUUCCAGCUCUUCCAUCCAUUAUUGAAGCCUACCCAGAGUGAUUUAAUUUCUUGA